AUGAUCACUGCCGUAUUAAUUGUGAAAAAUGCCACUUUGACAUCAAUAUCAACUUUUCAUGAUUUGAUUUCUAAUGAAAUUCCAACUAUUUUGGGAUCUUGGAAUUUUGAAUUUAAAAUAUUUAAAAUAAAUCCAAUCUUUAUUCAAUUGUUACAAGAUUCUGCCGCCAAUUCAAACAGUAAUCAGGAUUUUCAGAUUUAUUUAAAUCAACAGAAGAAUAAAAUUAUGUUUACACUAAACCUUUCAUAUCUAAACAAUAAAAUAAUCACUGUUAUAAAUAAGACUUUUAUGGUUUUUAAUCAUUAUAAUUCUCAAAAUUUACCAUAUUCAAAUUCUAAUCCAAACCAGACGUCUUUUGAAAGCGAUUUUCAUGCCGAAAAGAAUGACAAUCAAGGUAUUAGUCAAUAUACAGAUGGCGGUUCUCAAAUAGACUCAGACGAAGUUAAUCAAAAUUUGACACUUUUAGGUUGUUCCAAUGGUGGAACUGAUUCAAUAGAUUCGAUUAUUACAAAUAGAUUAUCUUCAAAUUGGGCUUUAAGACAAACUAUAGUAGGAAAAGGUGGUAAUUCAUACUAUUUAACAACCAUUGAUGACAAUCCUAACAGCCUUCAAAAUUGUUCAAUGAAAUCAAUAUUCAAGAUUCGAACUGCAAAUUGUUUUUCUCACGGUAACUUUAGAGGCUUUCUUAUUGAAAUUAAUUACCACAAUGAUAGCUCUAAUAUUCAAAAUCAAACAGAGGUUCAGAGAAAAAAUCAAGAGCAAAAUGAUUUAACCACAAUUAAGAAUUUGCUUAAUAAAUUAAAUUUCCCAGUUGUUGACGAUUCUGACCAUAAAUUUUUUUACCAAAAGUUAAAUUCUGGAAAAUCAAAUUACCAUGCUGAUUUAGCAAAUCAAUAUAUUAAUGCAUUAUCCUAA